CAAGGUGAACUCAUUUGGCCAAUGAGAAGGGCGGAUUCUGAUGCCUACGGCGCCGCGUCGAAGUCCACUUACUUUUCUGGAAGCUUGGCGCCUGGUAAACGAAACUGUGGAGGAAUCGGAGGGGAUUUGAAUGUUGGUGGACAUCUUCAGUCCUCUCCCACCUCUUCGUAGACACCGACGGAGUCCAUCGCUAAGACGGCAAUUGACCGCGGUCGGUGCCCAGCCAGCGAAGCGGGAGCCAUGCCUGUCCCCGCUGGAUACCUCAGCGACUCCCCCGCCGCGGCCUUCGCAUCCUCGGCCUCGCUUAUCCCACCGCCACCGAUAAACACCCAGCAGCCCGGUGUUGUCACCUCGCUGCUGUACAGCGGCUCCAAGUUCAGGGGCCACCAGAAGAGCAAAGGGAACUCUUACGACGUGGAAGUUGUUUUGCAGCAUGUCACCAUGGAGGAUUCCUACUUGUGUGGCUACCUAAAGAUAAAAGGACUGACUGAGGAAUACCCAACUCUGACCACGUUCUUCGCCGGAGAGAUCAUCAGCAGGAAGCGGCCGUUUCUCACCCGGAAAUGGGAUGCGGAUGAGGAUGUGGAUCGUAAGCACUGGGGCAAGUUCCAGGCCUUCUACCAGUAUGCAAAGACAUUCAACUCGGAUGAUUUUGACUAUGAGGAUCUGAAGAACUCUGACUUUAUUUUCAUGAGGUGGAAGGAGCAGUUCCUGGUCCCUGACCACACAAUAAAAGACAUCAGUGGAGCUUCUUUUGCUGGAUUCUACUACAUAUGCUUCCAGAAAUCCACAGCAACUAUCGAGGGCUACUACUACCACAGGAGCUCCGAAUGGUACCAGUCUCUAAACCUCACCCACGUCCCCGAGCACAGUGCAGCCAUCUAUGAGUUCCGGUGACCCCGGCCGGCAUCGUGGAUCUUUUUUUGAUGGACAGAGACUUGAGGCAAAGCAGAGGUCUGCAGCUGCUACUGACGAGGAAGAGGAGAACGAGAAGUGCAAACUCUUACACGUUCCCAAUAAGUGGACGGACAGCGGAUGGACCAGUGGACGGGAUAUCGGACAAAUGAAUGUAUGGAUGAGAUGAGGAGAAGGAAAGGAAGGAAGUGCAGUUGUGCUCCCUGGCUGGAAGCGGCAGCGGAGACUGGGUGCGGCUCGUAUAGUGUGCCCCCUUUCUUUAUUCGUUUCAACGUCUGGUUUUUAAAACGCUUGGCGCUGCAUCUCGAGACACUUUAUAAGCUGAGUUGGGAAUUCCCCUUCUUGUUUUGCGACUAGAAACGUCCCUCGCCGAUGCCAAGUGAGCGACAGAAACACAUUUAAACCGCCGCUGGACGAGGAUUCCUCGGAGGAGUCUGCUCUCAUAGACGCAAUCUCUAAAAGAAGAAAACCGCCAAGGAAGAAAAAGCAAGAGAGAAGUGUGGGUUCUUGAUGAAUUGGAGCUUUAAUCAGCCCAUGAGCUAGAACGACAGUAUUUUUUCUUUUCUUUUUAAAGCUAAGCUGGUUCUUUGUUCGCCUGCCAAGAGAGGAUAUUUAGUUAUUUUACUCUAAACGACGCAGAGUGGCACUUUUAAACACACAAAACGAGCUUUUCCCCUCCGUGUUCAUUCAACUGCUUGGGAGAUUAUUAUCACAUGUGAUUGCUGUGGGUCUUGUUCUAUUGUGUUGCAUUUGCACAAAGAUGGACUAUAUGUUACUAACGCUUGCAGUCAGGACUUUACACUCGCGUGCCCGAGUACACAAGGUGGCAGGUCGAGCUUGUUGACUCAUCUCUUUUUUUUUUUUUUAAGCGUUUGACUGUUCAGAGCCAAAACAAUCACAUAAAAGUAUUAAAAAAAAGAGGAUUUUUACCCUGCACACAUUAAACAACAAGCUUUUUACCCCCUCGUGUGUCAUUUUAAAUUAAGAUCCCCUCUAUCCCUUUUGUUUCUGUCCCCUCGACUAUGCAACACUUUCAACAUGGCACUCUCCAAACAUGAAACCUGCAGUUUUCAGAGACAAAAUUUUAUUCUAUCAUUAUAGUAUAUGUAAAAAAAAAAAGAAAAGAAAAGAAAGAAUCUAUCUUCAUUAAAGGAAAUAUUUUUGUUAAAUGACCUAUGAAAACACCCCCUGAAUCAUUUCCCCUUCCCAUGUGACGGUGCCAUCUUUCUAAAGCUUAUCAGAGUUGUAUUAUAACGGUGUGUGUGUUUGAGAAUAAGCCUGGAUUUGAUUGACUGUGUGACUGUAAAAGAAUGGACUGUUGAUUUAAAAAAAUCAUAUCAAAACA